AGAAAAAAAAACUCAAUCAAGAAAAUCAAGAUGAGUGACCAAGGCAAACCUACGCACAUGCCAACCUCAGUGUUUAGAGAUCUCCGCCUGGAGGGGGAAUUUUGCGAUGCAGUGAUCAGAGUCAAGGACGUCGAAUUUCAAAUCCACAGGCUCGUCCUCUGUAAAUGCAGCCCGUACUUCCUAGCUCUGUUCAGACGCUGGGCAACUCCAGACCAAAAGGUCUUUGACAUACCCGGCCUGUCUCCUGACAUGAUGCAGCUCAUCAUUGACUUUGCAUACACCGGCUCUGUUUCUGUGACAGAGGACAAUGUACAGGAGCUGCUGCUAGCAGCCGAUUACCUCAACAUAAUGGACAUCGUGCAAACUUGCUGUGACUUCCUCGGGGAGCAGCUCUGCCCAGAGAACUGCAUCGGCAUCUUACACUUAACCAACUUCUGCUUCUCCUCGGAGCUGCAGCGGAAGGCCUACCGCUAUAUCAUUGAUCACUUUGAGGAGGUUGCUUUCUCUGAAGAGUUCCUGCAGCUCUCUCUGCAGGAAGUCACUGACAUUAUUGGUAGAGACGACCUCAAAGUGAGACAAGAGAACACGGUGUUUGAAGCCAUCCUUCGCUGGAUCACCCACUUACCCGAAGAACGAAAAAAACACAUGGCUGUACUUCUGUCUAAGGUCCGACUGGCUUUGACAAGUUUAGACUACAUCAAGAUCAAUGUGAUGUCAAACGAACUGGUGAUUAAAAACACUGAAUGCCAGCCUAUGGUCAAAGAAGCGUUUGAAACCAUAUGUCGCAUUGGACCAAACAGGCCUUCUGCUCUCUGCAACCCUCUCGUCCGUCCUCGCAUGCCUCAUGCCAUCCUGUUGGCCAUUGGAGGCUGGAGCGGCGGCGAUCCAACUAACGGCAUUGAGGCGUACGAUAUCCAGGCUGACUACUGGUUCAACGUAACAAACAAUCACGAGCGUCCUCGCGCCUACCAUGGCACUGCCUUCCUCAAUGGGUAUGUCUACUGUGUUGGUGGCUUCGACAGGGUGGAGCAUUUCAACAGCGUGCGCAGGUUUGACCUGAGUGCACACACCUGGCACGAAGUGGCUUCCAUGUAUUUCCGUCGCUGCUAUGUGAGCGUCACUGUGCUGAACGGGUGCAUCUACGCCAUGGGAGGUUAUGAUGGACAUGUACGACUUAGCACUGCAGAGCGCUACAGGCCCGAGGCCAACCAGUGGAGUCUUAUUGCACCCAUGCACGAACAUAGGAGUGACGCCAGUUGCACAACACUCAACAACAAGGUUUACAUUUGUGGUGGUUUUAAUGGGAACGAGUGCCUGCAAACGGCUGAAUGUUACAGCCCAGAGACUGACCAGUGGACAAUGAUCAGCCUCAUGACCUCCCGGCGGAGUGGAAUUGGUGUUGUUGCAUAUGGAGACCAUGUGUAUGCAGUUGGUGGUUUUGAUGGCACCACCCGUCUACGCAGCGCUGAGGCCUACAACCCCCGAACUAACACCUGGCACGAAGUGGCCUCCAUGAUAACUCCCCGCAGCAACUUCGGCAUCGAAGUGCUCGAGGAUCAGCUCUUUGUUGUCGGAGGCUUCAACGGCUUCACCACCUCCUAUAACGUCGAGUACUACGAUGCAACAACUAACGAGUGGUCUGAGGCCUGCGACAUGGAGAUUUUCCGCAGUGCCUUGAGCUGCUGUGUGGUGUCUGGGAUCCCCAACAUAGCAGAGUAUACUGUCCCUCGUGAUGCCCUGCCACAUUUACAUUUGGAGGAGGGUUCUGUGGAGUCUCCAGAGUCUACGGACUCCAUGCAGUCUUUGGAGUCUAUAGAGGCAGGAGAGUUGGACUAACCGUCCACUAUUCACCCUGGCAGGACUUUAACAUAAAAAUAAAUUU